AUGGUCAAGCACUGGUCCUUUGGGUUGUUUCCGAUCUAUCAGUGCAUGAGCCAGGUCAGCGAGAAGGCUGCAGGAGUGCUGACACAGCAUUUCCUGGGAAUGACCUAUGAGACCUGGCCCUUGUACUACCUGAAGAUCAGCUUAUCAUCCAGCAAUCCCAAGAUUAUUUGGAUGGACUGUGAAAUUCAUGCACAAUGGAUUGCCCCUGCUUUUUGCCAGUGGUUUCUGAAAGAAGGCAGUAUUCUACUCAAUGAUAAAGACAAUGCAAGUACCAGCAGGCUCCUUAAGGAACUAGACUUACUUGUGCUUCCAGUCCUGAACACCAAUGGUUAUAUCUAAACUUGGACAACAGCAUGGGCACCUAAUUAUAGUGGCACAUGCUUUGGAACAGAUCUCAAUUGGAACUUCAGUGUCUCCUGGUGCAUUGGCACAUCCAUAAACUGCCAAGAUGUAAUAUCCUGUGGGAUAGAACCAAUGUCGGAACCAGAGACUAACUCCAUCUCAAGCCUUAUAGAAAGCAAAAAAAAAAAAAAAAACCUGUGCUUCCUGACCAUGUGCUUCUAUGGGCAGCUCAUUCUCACACCAUAUGGCUACCCCCAAAAUAAACCAAGUAACUACGAGAAACUAAUUCAAGUUGGACAGAAGGCAGAAAGCACACUGAAAGCAAAGCAUGGAACCAAUUAUAGAGUUGGAUCGAGUGCAGAUAUUUUAUAUGCUGUCAGGGUCCUCAAAAGACUGGGAUGGAGACAUUGGGAUCCCCUUCUUGUACACAUUUGAGCUAAUGGACAAUGGUACCUAUGGCUUUGCUCUGAUCUAGUGCAUAUGCGAGGAGACCAGGGAUACCAUUUUCUUACUCCUUGAUGAUGUGUAUGAGAAUUGCUGGCCUACCAACAGUGCCAGAAAGGAGGCAAUCACAAUCUCGGCAUUAACCAUGGUGUACUCUUUCACAUCUCUCCAUUAAGAGUGUCCUACCCUAGCUGGCUUAGCCCCAGUGACAGGGAUGUGGUUUAGGGUGAGAGUGUGUGUUGUACAGAAACCAAACCCUGGAACUAAAAAUGCUCUAUAUUCUAAUAAAGAGUCAUGCU